AUGAACACCAUUCGACAAAAAUUUUGGAUUCUUGGCGGUCGCAAUCUUCUACGCCAGGCUUAUCACAGAUGUAUUACCUGCUUCCGACAAAAACCUAAACUUAUCCAGCAAAUGACUGCUGAUCUUCCUGCAUCUCGUGUCAAUCCCUCACGACCUUUCUCAGUGACCGGACUGGAUUAUUGCGGGCCAGUAUAUACAAAAGCUCUCCAUCGCAAAACAGCACCAACUAAAGGUUACAUUGCAAUCUUCAUUUGCUUUUCUACACGCGCAAUCCACCUGGAGCUGGUCGGUGAUCUCAGUACUGCGGCAUUCAUCGCGGCUUUACGGCGAUUCAUCUCUAGGCGUGGUAAAGUACAAGAAUUGCACUCAGAUAACGCCACCAACUUUAAAGGUACCGCAAACGAGCUCCAGCAGCUAUACAAAAUGUUAAAGGUGAAUGAUGCCGAUCGCCAACUCAUAUUCAAUUGGUGUGCCAAUUCCGAAAUCAACUGGAAAUUUAUACCCCCACGCGCAUCCCAUUUCGGUGGGCUAUGGGAAGCGGCAGUGAAAUCUACCAAAACUCAUUUACUCAAGCAAAUGGGAAAUACCGUCGUUACACUAGAAGAGAUGUUCACGCUCCUUGCACAAAUAGAGAUGUGUUUGAACUCUCGUCCUCUCACCGAAAUGUCAAACGAUCCAGGGGACUUAGAGGCCCUUACUCCAGGUCAUUUUUUGGUAGGAUCGAAUCUACAGGCGAUUCCAGAGUCCGACUUAAAACAAAUACCGGACAAUCGAUUAAAUCGUUGGCAGCUCGUCCAGAAGCGUAUACAGCAAAUAUGGCGUAGAUGGUAUCCAGAAUACAUACAGCAUCUACAACGUCGCUCUACCAAAGGAUGCAAGCUAUCGACUGAAAUUCAUAUCGGUCAACUAGUGCUCAUCAAAGAUGACAAUCUCCCUCCAGCCCAAUGGUCCAUUGGAAGAAUAGUGAAGACUCAUCCGGGACGAGAUGGAAUCGUCAGGGUAGUAACCUUGAAAACUCCAGUAGCCGAUAAUGUAAUGCGACCUGUGGCAAAGAUCGCUCUUUUGCCUGAACCAACGAACGUGGAAUGUGAAUCCGAAGACGAACCAAAAUAA